GGAAAAUCACUGAAGUCUUCAUUGCGUAAGAAAGAAGCCGAAGUCUCCUAUCCUUCAGUUGGGUUGUGGCAUCAUUUAGACGUUUUUUAGCGUUUUAUUGGAGUAUUUCCUUGCUAUGGAUGAUCCUGCAGUGUUGGCACUCACUCCCCAUACUGUUGAUGACCCUGAGUCAGCAGCUACCAAGCAGCUUGUAAACCCUGACCGUGUUCACAGACAUGGUGAUCCAUAUGACUUGGUGGUGUUAGCCCAAGAAGUACAAAAAGCAGAUCAGUUUGUCAGGUGUGCUGCAAGUAAUAAACUGAUAUUGAUUGCAGAGCAGAUCCGUCAUCUUCAGGAACAAGCAAGGAAAGUUUUAGAAGAAACAAAAAGGGAUGCAGAACUUCACCAUGCUGCUUGUAACUUCAAGAAAAGACCAGGCCAAAUGUAUUACUUGUAUAGACGAAGUAAUGGAACAACAUACUUCUCCAUUCUAUCACCAAAGGAAUGGGGCUCAAGCUGUCCACAUGAGGCCUUGGGAGCCUAUCGGCUUGAAGCAGACAUGUCUUGGACAAAGGCUGAAGAUGUAGAGCGACGCAGCAAAGACAUUGCUAUGGUUGAUCAUCUACUUUCACAAGAAGUUCCAGCAAUUGAAUAUGUUUUACCUGCACAUGACAACAAUGGAUUUUCAACCAAGCCAGCUAUUAAACACAAGACUGUGAUUGAAGAUGUCAGCAACCAGGCAGAUCCAAUCGUGGAAGAACCACACUAAAGCACAGGUGGUAUUUUGACAGAAGACAUUUAAUUACAAGCUUUUAAGGACAUGACAAUGAAAGAAGGGCAGACACUUAGAGUAAGGAUUUAAU